GAGAAAGAGAGAGAGCGAGAGAGAGAGUGAGUGAGUGAGUGAGAGAGCGAGAGAGAGAGAGCGCGUGUGUGUGUGUUUGGAGACAUAGUUAUGCAGAGACCGUGUCGCGCGGUGAUAUAGCCAUUACGCACUGUUACGCACUGACAGCUACUUUCCAGAGAGGAGCUCUGUGCGCAGAGGAGCGGGAUUUUGGAUUCCUCACAUGCACAGGAAAAAGAAAGACAUUUUCUUCAACAUUCAGUGGAUCUCCAGCAGAACAGCUUGAUCUUCAGAGCAGACCAGAGUCAGCUGCCACCCAUCCGAACAGGAAUGGUGGAUCACUUGCCGCUUGGUGACGAGACCUUCCUGUAUUAUACUGGCUCUCUGGGCUCUGACUACAACUGCCUCUGUCGCCACGCCAAUGGUGGCGUGUCGUCGGGCAUCAUGGUAACUGAUGCAUGCAUUUACCAUCACCACCACCAUCCUUACCAAGGGUUGAUGGUCUCCUCCUCGUCUCGUCUCUCAGAGGAUGACCUCAGCGACUCCUCCAGCCCUCGUUCCUCCCUCUGCUCCAGCCCCGAGUCCUCAUCGCCAGCCUCGCGGCACGUUUUCGGCUCCAGCUCCGAUAGCAGGAGCAGCAGAAGCAGUGGGAGCUGUAGCUCUUCAUCUGGAGGAGAGAGUCAGGACAGCCUGCUGGACCUCCUGCUCUCACAGAACUCCCUUAGCACCUCAUUAAACCAAAAUGCCAGCCACAGCAGCUCUCUCAAUUCCCCUCUUUCUUCCUCCAUAUAUGUGUCCUCUCCACCUUUCUCUUCCUCUUCAUCUCUCACUGCCCCCCUUUUACCCAUGGGCCUGGCCUGGGAGUCCAAGAGGGAGCAGCGGCUGAGUCUCCUCCAGCAGCAGGCCAAGGAGGACUGUUACGAGUUCCCCGUCUUCCUUGAUGAGCUGCAGGAUCCUGCGGCGCUCCUUUUUCAGCCCACCCUGGAAGAGAUUGAGGAGUUCCUUGAGGAAAACAUGAUGGUGGCAAUGGAGAAAGAGGAGGAGGGGAGUGAUGAGGCAAUGUCACCAACAUCAGAGGACGCUGAGGCGAAACAUUCAAGGACAUUAGCAGGAGAAAUUCUAUCAAUGUUUCAGAACUCAGAUCAGACUGUUCCUGUUGACACAAAGACCAAACAUUCACCAUGUGCGUCUGACAUGGACAGCUCACCAUCAACAGUGGAUGCUACUUGCAUUAAUAGUUCUACUUAUUCUAGUAGUCAAGUUGAUGGGAUCAAACAGGAGGACCAUGAAUCAUUGCCCUCCUCAUCAGAAGAUACCAGUGCCUCCAGUGUGCCUGUCAUCCUGCAAAUCCAGCCCAUACAGAUCAAACAAGAACCCAACCCCAGUGCCAUAUCAGAUGCCGUCACCCAGCAAACCCAACCACAGAAAACCCAGUCCCAGCCAACUCAGGCCCCAUCGGAUAUCAAAAUUGCCCAGCUCCUGGUGAACAUCCAGGGACAGACCUUUGCUUUGGUGCCUCAGCUUCUUUCCCCAGCGAACAUGAGUAGCUCAAGUAAAACCGGAAGCGCUACCUCCUCCAAAUUUGUCCGGAUUGCGCCAGUGCCCAUUGCAGCUAAACCCAAUGGCCUUGGGGAAGGUGGGUUGGGGGGCUCGGCUGCAGGGGUCCUGGUUGGAGGUCAGAGGUACCAGAAGAGUGCUGUAGCAGACCUAAUUAAAAUGCACAAGUGUUCUUUUCCUGGCUGUAACAAGAUGUACACCAAAAGCAGCCAUCUGAAAGCUCACCUGAGGAGGCACACAGGGGAGAAGCCUUUCGCCUGCACGUGGCCUGGCUGUGGAUGGAGGUUCUCCCGGUCCGACGAGCUGUCCCGACACCGCCGCUCCCACUCGGGGGUGAAACCGUACCAGUGCAUCGUGUGCGAGAAGAAGUUUGCCCGCAGCGAUCACCUGUCGAAACACCUCAAAGUCCACCGCUUUCCACGAAGCAGUAGGACAGGACGCUCUGCAAACUGACCCCACUGACCCACUCUAAAAGACUGACGCAAAGCAGGGGGCAGGUGGCGUGUGUCGUGUGUGUGUGUGUGUGUGUGUGUGUGUGUGUGUGUGUGUGUGUAUGUGUGCGUGAGAGAGAGAGCGCGAGAGGGGAGAGACGGAGGAGGGGGUGAAAGUCCAAACGCCCUUUAAAGAAGUCUGUGCUGGACUCUUAAAGCUCAUGUGUGUUUAUGUUCGAAUAUGUGCGUGUGACGUACAUUCAUGGUACUGUGAUAAUUUAUUGGGUGGUGAGGAAAAGACUGUAAAACCUAAACUAAAGCAGAAAACUGUUACUUGACAUAACACCCUCACAGGUGGAAUAAGCUUCUUGUAUAUACAACAUUUAUUUGUCUCACUCGAAUCCUGUAGGUAAUCAAAUUUGAAGAAAACUGCCAUUCAGAGGAUUUUGACACUCUGAGGUGUGUGUUAUUACUGAUGCUCGAGCCUAAAGCCUUAUAUCGGUGAAGGUUGUGAGACAGGGGCGUGUGCUACUAUUUAAACCCCUCAGUUUUUCCCUUUUCUGGAGCCAACCGUUGUUUUAAAGUCUGGCUUAAACUUUAAUGCCUCACCAGCAAUAAGAACCUAUCAGGACGCAUUGUGAUCUAUGAGGCGGUUUCUCUCUCGAUAGAUGGCAGACUAAAUGAUGCCUCGACAUUCCUUCAUCUUUCAUUCUGUGUCUUUGUUGCCUUUGAGUCUCGUUACAGGAAAACAACAGUGUUGUUAAUACACAAGAACAAAGCUCAUGUUGAAUUACUGCUCCCACCAACAAAGAUCAUUAUAAUGUCUAAUUUGCACUGGUGAGUGAGUAUUUUCAGUAUUUAGAGUAGUUGUGUUGUGGUCUGACUUCACUAACAUACAACACUGCUUUUUUUGGGUCUCAUUUAGUUAAACACGACCGUGUCGACCGUCAUCAGAAAAGUAGUCAUUUUUAUGGCCUUUUUUUUUGGAUCAAACAGCGAGGUUUGCAGCUACAUCCCAUGAUUAUCUGCAAAAUAUUCCAAGCCAAGGUCGAAAACAAGUAUUUAUAGAAGCACGUCUGCUUCUCUGUUUUCAACUCAUGAUAAAUCACAACCUUUAUUUUCUAGUUUUGUGCUGUUAGGUAAAGCCAAAUCAUGUAGCCAUUACUUUAUGUCACUUUAUUCAAAAAGUGACAAAAAGUGCUAAACGGACAAACGGAAAGUCAGGAAUCAAAUCUAAUUUCUCCCUCUUCUUCACACAGAAAAAUGUCAUACAUUUUUCAUAUUAAAUGAAAUUAAACAUUUUCUUAUUCAAUUUAAAUGAAUUUAUCUUGUACUUGUUGUCCAUUUGUUGAGACCAGACCAUCUUUCAUUAAAAUAUCAAAUGACAAAUCAACCCACCACCAUGAAAUACAAGCAUUAAACCAAAACUAAAGGCUCAGCGUUAAAUGUGGUUAUGCACAGAGUCUUCUCUCUGUUUUCUGAAUGAAUUUUGUCCAUUUGAGUGCACGCUUUCUGAAAGCUCACUGAUUGGGAUGAAACGGUGCAGUACCACUUAAACAUCAUAGGGGCAGUGUCCCCAAUAGUUCAAGAGAGAGACGCAUAGACAUUUUUAAAAUGGCAGAAUUUUUAUAGUAGUUUUUAUGCUUGAUCUAUGAUUUGAAGUUUGUCAGAAAUAUUAAACCGCUGUCUACAACGAUGCGUCUGAUUUUUCCUCUAUCUUUUUUCCUCCGCCACUAUCGCCCCCUUUGUUGUUGUCAGAAACAACUGAAUCAGUGCUGCCCUCUAAUGGAUUUCAUGUAAAGGAUGCAUGGAAGUAUGUGGACAUUGUUUUAAAUGGACGUUAUCUAUUUUCAUAUGUAAAGGAAGCACAAAUGAGCCUUAAGAAGUCAUAACAAUAGGACAACGUAAAUUGUACAAAGAAUCAGAGUCAACACAUGUGCUCACAUUAGCUAACAGAAGCCACCAUAAGCUACUGGUCACACUAGACUGAGAAAGGCAGUAACUAAACGUGCAGGAUUUAGAAACAGAUUGUUUUAUUUCUUAUGAAUGAGACGUUUCAUUUUAAAAGAAAGGAAUUUCCUAUCUGUCUUGCAAAGGUGAUACAGACUGGUCUUAAUAUGUGGAAUAUUUUGCACCUGAUGUAUCUCAGAGGGGAUCAACUCGCUGCCACUGAAGCCUGUUCUCUAACAAAUAUCAGGGCCCCCCCCCACCUAUUUCUUUCCAAAAACGACAAAUGUAUAAGUCCCCUUCGUUAAUUCUCUUUGCUCUUACCUUCUGUGACUUAUUGCAGCAAUUUUCUCAAAAGGUUAAUAGAAAACUGAAAAUUGUUCUUGUUAAGCUAAUCCAAUCUCUUGCCUUUGUCUUGUACUGUAAGGGAACAGUGAGUGUUUUGCUUAUUGUUGUGCUAUUACAUGUAUAUGUAUCUGCAUCUCAGCUGAAUCAAACCAAACGAGUGACUGAAGGGACACGAACUGCUGCACGGGGAUGGUUCACUGUGCCACCAGGAUCAGUUGGCAUCAGUCAGUAUUGAAAUGGUUCGAGGAAGGGAUGUGAAAAAGAAAUGUUCCUGGAAAUAUUUGAUGUGCUGAAACCUAUAACCUUUUUGAGUGUUGGGUAUGCAGCACGUGACGCUGUAUGGAGGAAGUGUAUUAACUCUGGCAGGCAUUCCUUCCAUACGAUCAGAAGAAACACUUUUCUGAAUGGGAGCCAUAUGUGAGCCCAUGAAUGUAUGUAAAUACUGUAUAUGCAUCUGAAGAGAGAACAGAAAUAUUCUUCUAGUGAUUUCUGCGAUUAUGAAAGAUUUUUAAAAAAUAUGUAAAGAAAGUGUACAUAACAUGAUAAUUCAAAUAUAUAGUGAGAGAUUGUAGCAACUUCAAGUUCUGUCGAGUGUUUACACGACGCAUUGUUAAAAAGACUCGUGAAAGAUUUCAUGCUAUAUCCAUGAAUCAACAUUUUAUCUAAUGGUUUCUUGACUGGAAUGAUUUGAACAGGUCCACACAGCAGUGUAGCAUUUUGUAUCAUGAAUCAUGAGUCAUUUUUAAUUUUGUCCUGUAAACACUACGCAAAAAUAGUUGCUAAAGAAAUGUUAUAUUUUUGCUUUUGUUCUACUAUGUAAAAUACAUUUACAAUAAAAAAUUCUAAAAGCAAA